UUUCCCCUUAUUUUUUAAUUUGCCGCGUAUGCAACGCCGUGACACAAUGGCGGCUUCCGUUAUAAGCUCAUACUUUUUGACGACCGUUUUCGAUAAAAUGUAAAGAUCUGUCGAAAUUGUGCUCUUUUCGACAGGCUUUAGACGUUUAAAAAUGACAUAGGGAUAUCGAAACUUUAAGGUAUUCGCGGAGAGGAUUUCUGGGGGUAUUAAUACACGUUACAAGGGUAAAAUACACAUACGACAAAAUGUCAAGCGUCCUGCAGAUAGCGGGGAUUCCGGCUCCAGCCGCCUAUUAAAAAAGUUCAAUUCGAGCCGAUUUUAAUCGGACCUAUAUCAACCUUAGAAGAAAUGGACAUGAAAGUUCUUCAGUUUCAAAACAAAAAAUUGGCUCAGCGGUUAGAACAGCGCCACAGAGUAGAAGCUGAAUUAAGACAAAGAAUUGAACAAUUAGAAAAAAGACAAAUGCAGGAUGAUGCAGUACUCAAUGUUGUUAAUCGUUAUUGGAAUCAGUUGAACGAGGACAUACGUGUAUUACUUCAGAGAUUUGAUGCUGAAACAGCUGAUGAAUCAGAAAAUAAGAAUGAAAGCGAAGCUACAACAUCAUUUCUAAUGCAAUUAUCUUCUUGGGACAAAGAAGAGUUAGACGAUAAAUUAGCAAACCGUGUUCAAGUGUCCAGCGUGCUGUUUCUAAAGUUGUGCAGGCAUUUGAACCGUCUUUCACAAAGAAAUGAAAGAUUACUCUUGCACUGAAAGGAGAGUUCGAUGGAG